AUGGCCAGCGAAAAAUUCUCAGCUCCCCCAUUGAAGAAAAAACGUGUUUCUGAUUAUGCACCAGAUUCAGAGGAGCCUGCCAAAACUCUGAAGAAGAAUUCAGAGGAAGAAGUUGAACUUAAGAAGAACGAGAGCAAGAACCGUAUUCCUGUUGCUGUAGCAGAUGCUAAUGCUACCAAACAGCCUGCCAAAACUCUGAAGAAGAAUUCAGAGGAAGAAGUUGAACUUAAGAAGAACGAGAGCAAGAACCGUAUUCCUGUUGCUGUAGCCGAUGCUAAUGCUACCAAACAGCCUGCCAAAACUCUGAAGAAGAAUUCAGAGGAAGAAGUUGAACAUAAGAAGAACGAGAGCAAGAACCGUAUUCCUGUUGCUGUAGCCGAUGCUAAUGCUACUAAACAGCCUGCCAAAACUCUGAAGAAGAAUUCAGAGGAAGAAGUUGAACUUAAGAAGAACGAGAGUAUUCCUGUUGCUGUAGCCGAUGCUAAUGCUACCAAACAGCCUGCCAAAACUCUGAAGAAGAAUUCAGAGGAAGAAGUUGAACUUAAGAAGAACGAGAGUAUUCCUGUUGCUGUAGCCGAUGCUAAUGCUACCAAACAGCCUGCCAAAACUCUGAAGAAGAAUUCAGAGGAAGAAGUUGAACUUAAGAAGAACGAGAGCAAGAACCGUAUUCCUGUUGCUGUAGCCGAUGCUAAUGCUACCAAACAGCCUGCUAAAGCUCUGAAGAAGAAGAAGAAAACAACUAAGACCAAUCAACCUCAAUCACAAGUUGCUGAUAAUGGUGAUGACCCUUCCACUCACAAGUCAAAAAUCAUAUUUAAAGGAUUUGAAGCUCGUAUCAAUGAACAAGGAGUCCAGUCUGAUAUCCUUCCCGAAGACACUGUGGAAGUCUUUUAA